CCGCCCAGUCAGCAAGGUUGCGCGUGCCCCUUGCGACCGCCAAGAUGGUGGUGGGCGCGUUCCCUAUGGCGAAGCUGCUAUACCUGGGCAUCCGGCAGGUCAGCAAGCCGCUUGCCAACCGCAUUAAGGAGGCCGCCCGCCGAAGCGAGUUCUUCAAGACCUAUAUCUGCCUCCCGCCGGCUCAGCUGUACCACUGGGUGGAGAUGCGGACCAAGAUGCGCAUCAUGGGCUUCCGGGGCACAGUCAUCAAGCCGCUGAACGAGGAGGCGGCCGCCGAGCUGGGCGCCGAGCUGCUGGGCGAGGCCACCAUCUUCAUCGUGGGCGGCGGCUGCCUGGUGCUGGAGUACUGGCGCCACCAGACACAGCAGCGCCACAAGGAGGAGCAGCAGCGCGCCGCCUGGGACGCGAUGCGGGACGAGGUGGGCCACCUGGCGCAGGCGCUCGAGGCCCUGCAGGCGCAGGUGCAGGCGGCGCCGCCCCUGGGCGCCCUGGAGGAGCUGCGGGCUCAGGUGCAAGAGGUGCGCGCCCAGCUCUGCCCCCGGGAGCCGCCGUCCGCGCCCCAGGCAGCGUCCGUGUCCAAGGAAUAGGAGCCUGCUAAAGCCUGAACUUGGACGUGGCCGUGUGUGCCCUGAUGUGGCCUUCUCCCCGCACUACCCCUGCCUGUGCUGGCCCAGCAGAAACCAUCUGGAUCUUGAUGGAACUGGGAUUCAGUCACCCCCUACUGACCAGUGGUACCUGCCACUGGGACCACCCCCAGCAGGUGAAGGGUUUCGACAUAGCCCACCCCGACCUCUAGCUCAUUGGUACAGUCCGCAGUGCUCGUCUCUCCACCCCCACCCCAGACCACACAGACCUAGAGGUCCCAGCCAGCAGGACAACACGCUCACGCUUCUGGCAGAAGAACAGAAUGGAACCCGCAGCCGAGCCAAAUCAACCCAUCAACCCACAUUUACCUGAUCAGUGUUACCUCUCUCUGGGACCCUCAUCCUUUACACUCAAACACCCGCUUCCCUUUGUCAGUCGGUACUGACCAUUGUAAGGAAAUGCAGUGUCUUUCAAUGGACGUCUGUCCCCUCACCUUCUAAGGUGGGCUCUAGCUGGGCAUCACCACCCUCUUUGAGGGGGAAAAAAAGGGGAUCCUGGCUUGCAAUUGAUCCACUGAAUAUUCUCUCUUCCCCGUUAGCCUGAUCUGUGGUACCUUCCUGUGAGACCCCAAGAGGAGUGUUCCAGCAGAACCCCCUCAUCCUUCCAUCUAUAGCACAGCCCACUGGAAUGGCUGUGCAGGGUCUUCUUGGGCAGUGCCCUCCCAGCCCC